AUGGUAUACUCAAUUAAAGUAGUAUCCAUACUAAUAUUUUGUUGUCUUAUAUUAACAUCGUAUUUCAUUCAUUAUUAUCGUAUUUAUUAUUAUUCAUCGACAACAACACUAUUGCCUACUGUUCGAAAAAUUUUCGUCGCCAAUAAGAGUAUACUUAUUCAUGCGUCGGCUCGUAUAACACAAUCCUAUAACUGUACUCUACGCGGUGAUAAAUGGAUAAUCAUAACAACGAUUUUUCAUCCAACAUUGGCAAUAAGAAAAUUCUUAUUAUUGUCUACACCUUGGAAUUUAAUUGUUAUUGGCGAUCGCAAAACACCGCAAGACUGGAUAUCGAAUAUUACCGAUCGGUCAAGACUCGUUUAUCUCUCCAUUGAUGAACAAUUAAAAUUAGAUUUUAAACUUAUUGAUUAUUUACCUGAAAAAUCAUAUGCACGUAAAAAUAUUGGUUAUCUCGUGGCUAUUCAGUGUGGUGCACGUAUUAUUUAUGAAUCGGAUGACGAUAAUUUGUUAGAUACAAACGAUAUUCAGGUACUACCAAAACAAAGUUCACCUGAAGAUGUACCUUGGUUUUCGUUUCAUAGACAGAGAUCACCAUUUAUCAACAUCUAUGGUUCAUUCGGUCAACCAAACAUCUGGCCACGUGGUUUUCCUGUUGAAGAAUUCAAAAACAUCACAGAAGACGGGUGGUCAACAUUGAGACAAAGACAAGAUAAUGAAUCGGUUAAUGCUUAUAUUCAACAAUACUUAGCUGAUCUCGAUCCCGAUGUUGAUGCUAUUUACCGAUUGGGACAUUCAAUGACUCUUGGUAAAAUUCGUUUUGAUCGUCAGCAACAACCCAUCGCAUUAGAACCACAUACCUAUUCACCAUAUAAUACCCAAAAUACUGUGACACAUUAUGAAGCAUUUUGGGGUUUGUACCUACCGGUCACAACAACAUUUCGUGUUUGUGAUAUUUGGCGUAGUUAUUGGGUGCAACGUCUUCUAUGGGAUAUCGGUGGUCACCUGGUGUUUGGUACAGCAACUGUUGAACAACAUCGUAAUACACAUUCGUAUGUCAAAGAUAUGGACGAAGAACAACAAAUGUACCAUCAAUCAGGUAAAUUUGUUCGAUUUCUCGAUCAAUGGCAAUCGUCAUUACCAACAUUAUUUGAACGAAUUUCACAAAUAUCGCGUGAUAUUGCCCAACAAGAAUUUUGGGAUAAAAGUGAAACCGAUAUGAUUGAUGCAUGGCUUACAGAUCUUCAUCGUAUCGGCUAUACACUACCAAUACCCGUCACAACUCCACAGAGUAAGAAAUUAUCUUCUUCACUUCAGAAACGAACAGCGGUUUGUGUCACUGACGUCACUGAAUGCAUAAACGAAGCUUGGAGUAUAACUGAACAAAAGAUACGUAAACUUUUAAAUGGUGAUAUCGAUGUAUUUCUUUACUUAUCAUCAACAAUGCGUAUUGCAGAUCAGCCAUCAACUGUUCCUUUAGAAACUCGUCUCACUCACGUACGACGAUAUAAUGCUACGAUGAAAAUUAUCUAUGAAGAUCGUGAAGUCGAUCCUCGAAUACCAUCAACAUGUCAAGUUAAUUUCAGUGUAACUGAUUAUAAAAUAUCUCUUUAUUAUCAACAAUUAUGGGCAUUAGCUCAAUGUUAUGAAGUAGUCAAAGAAUACGAACAAAAAAUGAAUAUUGAAUAUCAGUUGUUGAUUCAGUCACGAGUCAGUAUUGUUUUAGGAAAAGUACCAUCGACAUACGAACGAAAUGGUACAAUGAAUGUGAAUACAACCAUGCUUGUCCCAUCUAAACAUUAUUCUGAUGGUUAUGAUGACGGAUUUGCUAUCGGGCCAAUAGAUCAAAUGUCACAUUACAUGUUACGAUGGGAUAAAUUACAAAAAUGUCCUAGUGGAAUCUUACACCCCGAAACAUUUUUAAAACAUAUUCUACAAACAUAUACAACUUUUCAAGUUGACAACGAAACAUUAGUUGAUGCUAUACAACGUGGGCAAAAUCAGUGUCAUUAG